AUGUCGUCCACAGCGGAGAAGCAAGAGCUGCGCCAUCAGCACCUGACAUUCGCAACAGAUUUAUCUUUCUUGUUGGGACCUCAUCCUGUCCCACCCCCUGACUUGAAACAUUUUAAGUCCCCUUAUGAAUGGACACGACAGUACAAAGGGGUCAUGACCGGAGUGUCAUGCAUUGCAACUCUAUUUGCCUCCUUCGCAGCGAGUUGCUAUAGUCCCGGAGCAGCUCAAAUGGAGGCCGAAUGGCAUGUCAGUCAAGUCGCUACUUUGGUCGGGAUCACGACCUUCACCAGCGGUUUCGCAAUCGGCCCUAUGUUCCUCGCCCCUUUCUCGGAGAUCUAUGGGCGGAAGCCAGUCUUCAUCGCCACUGCCAUCCUUUUCACAGUAUGUCAGGUAUGCUGCGCAGUCACGCGACUGUAUUCUGGAAUGUUGGUAGCGCGCUUCUUCUGCGGCAUUGGAGGCUCCACGUUUUCGACCAUGGUAGGCGGAAUUAUCGCGGACAUUUACCACGCCCGAAAUCGUAACGCUCCGAUGGCUCUCUUUUCCUGGGCUGCGCUCUUUGGCACCGGGCUUGGUCCCUUGGUCUGUGGGUUCAUCGGCCAGUACACCCGCUGGCGUUGGAUCUUCUACAUCCAGAUCAUCAUCGCUGGCCUGAUAACCGCGGCAGUCCUGGUCUUCUUCCGCGAAACACGCGGGCCCGUCAUCCUCCGCGAGAAAGCCCGACGAUUGAAUCAAUGGCACGAAGCCAUGGAGGCAGAUGCCGCUGCCGCUGCCGCUGCCACAGGGGGACAAACGGCCGAAGACAGAGAGAAGCAAGAGCAGAAGCGCAUGGACAUGAUUCGAUGGCAGGUGGCUGCGGAUGCGGAACGUGCUGGAAUCCUGCAACUGCUCCGGACCUCGCUGCUGCGGCCCUUCACCAUGCUUUUCACCGAGCCUGUUGUCUUCUUCUUCUCCCUUUGGGCAGCCUUCAGUUGGUCGGUUCUCUACAUUAAUCUUUCUGCCAUCCCGCUCGUCUUCGAGACCGCUUACUCGUUCUCGCUCUCAUCUGCCAAUGCCAUCUUCGCGGCCUCGUGUAUCGGCAGCACGGUGGCGCUAUCCUUAUGCCUUGUACAGGAGUCAUUGGCGACCCGCUAUUGGAACUCGAGCAAGCGAGAUCGUCAAUCUAGGUGGAACUCGGUGCCCGAACACCGGUUGUAUUUCAGCUGUGUGGAGAGCUUGCUUCUACCGCUAGGCCUUUUCCUGUUUGGCUGGUCAGCGCAGUACCAGGUGCAUUGGAUAGUACCUACUGUGGCGGUGGGAAUCUCUACUGUCGGGAUCUUCUCCAUCUAUCUCUCCGUGUUUAACUAUCUGGCCGACACCUAUCAUCGCUACGCCAGUUCCGCUUUGGCUGCCCAGAGCUUUUGUCGGAAUAUGUUGGGCGGGAUUUUUCCUCUCGUCUCUCGGCAAAUGUUCACUCAUCUAGGGUUUGGCGCCGCGGCCAGUCUGCUUGGAGGCGUAGGCAUGGCUCUGACACUCGUACCGUGGAUCCUGGUCUGGUGUGGGCCCUCCAUCAGAAGACGGAGCAAGUUGGCCCGGGAGAUUAUGGAUUGA